AUGUCCGUCCAGGACCGAACUCCUGAAUUCCAGUCAAUCCUUGCACAGGCUCGGAAACGCUUAGCCUCCUCAAAGACCAGUUCCCAGCGUCAAUUUUUAUUAUCAGAUACCCAACGGAGUGAUUCAAAUGCAUCCCCUCCUAAUGGAACCCCAGCGGGGGGCAAACGAGCGGCCCGGUCAGAAUUUGCGAGGCGGGCUGCUGAGAUCGGCAGGGGGAUCUCGGGGACGAUGGUUAAAUUGCAGAGGCUAGCUAUGUUGGCCAAGCGCAAAACCCUCUUCGAUGAUCGACCUGUUGAAAUUUCAGAACUCACCUAUGUCAUCAAGCAAGAUCUUGCUUCUCUUAACUCCCAAAUCGCGUCUCUGCAAGCCCUCACUCUCGCCCAACACCCCAAAUCAUCACGGAGUAAAACUGACCAAGAAGGUGAACAUAACGAUAAUGUCGUGGUAAUGCUCCAAGGCAAACUCGCCGACGUCGGCGCAAACUUCAAAGAAGUCCUCGAAGUCCGUACCCAAAACAUCCGCGCCUCCCGAUCUCGAACUGAAAACUUCGUCUCUUCCGUCUCUUCCAAGUCACAAUCCGCGCUCGACCCUCAGCGCUCCGAUUCCCCCCUUUAUAACGCGCCACGAAGCCGAAGCCCAGCACCCCCAGGUUUCCAGGCUCCUAAUUCCUCCGACCUCCUCAGCAUCAGACCAUCUUCUUCCUCCGGAAGUCCGUUCGCCCUCGGCCGCAGCGGCGGGACCCAAUCUGACCAGCAGCUGCUGAUGAUGGAAGAGGCGCAAUCCUCCAACUCCUACAUCCAAGCGCGCGGCGAAGCCAUUGAAGCCAUCGAGCGCACGAUCAACGAGCUCGGUGGCAUCUUCGGUCAGUUGGCCACGAUGGUCAGCGAGCAGUCUGAAAUGAUCCAGCGCAUCGAUGCGAAUACGGAAGAUGUGGUGGAUAACGUCCAGGGGGCGCAUAGGGAGUUAUUGAAGUAUUGGUCUCGGGUUUCGGGGAAUCGGUGGUUGGUUGCGAAGAUGUUUGGGGUUUUAAUGAUAUUCUUUCUCCUAUGGGUUCUAAUCUCAGGCUAG